GUAUAUAUACUAUGGUGGCAUAUUUCUGCCAUCGUGUUAUUCUAGGUCGCGUUACGGUAACACGACUUGUCGAGAUAAUUAUGUCGACAAGUCGUGUUAUUUCAUUUCAUUAACGCGACGUUUCACAAAAUCAUGUCGACCUGUCGCGAUAAUUUAUCACGACCGGUCAAGUUAGAUUAUCACGGAUCUCGACCUAAAUUUUGCUUUUGCCCAGAUAUGCCAUCUAGUUAAUUUUUGCCGCGAUAAGUUAUAAAUAGACACUCGGUUAUUCCGGAACAUCUCAGGAUUUACACUAUACUUUGCUGGUUAGUACCUUGCAGUGAGCAGCCCCAGCAAGUCUAACACACAUAAAGAUGAAUGGAAACCACUACAUUGGAGCUCAUGCAUUUGAUAACCUGAUGGUCAAUGAUGGUGCAAUUUUGAACAGGGAUGACCUGAUAGCAAUAUACUAUCACACUGGCUAUGCUAUAAAGGAAAUCAUCGGAUUUAUGGCUCUUCGUCAUGCCACAGCUGUUAGUGAAAGACAAGUCCAUCAUAUAUACUUAGAAGCAUGAAUUUGCAUAGACGAAACAAUGAAUCACCACUAGAAGACAUAGUUAGAGUAAUACUGCAAGAAUUGUCAAAAACCGGACAGAAUGUUGGUUACAGGGCAAUGAGGAGACGGUUACUAACUGAUCAUGACAUCAACGUCACAUCAGAAACGGUGAGGCUUGCUCUAUCAGUACUAGAUGCUGAAGGCGUACAUACUCGCAGUCGUCACGUGUUUCGGCGUCGUCACUAUCUCAGCAAAGGCCCAAACUUUGCUAUCCAUAUUGAUGGUUGGGAUAAACUGAAACCCUAUGGUAUUUCCAUUCAUGCAGCAAUUGAUGGAUUUUCUAGACGGCUUGUUUGGCUUGAAGCAUGCAGCUCUAACAGAAAAACAGAAUAUAUUGCACAUUUUUAUAUGAAUUAUGUUCGUGAGAUAAAUGGUGUGCCAUUUAUCAUUUAUGCCGAUAAAGGGACUGAGAACUCCAUUGUACGUGACCUGCAGUAUGCACUUCGUUGGAACCACACUGAUCCCUUUCAGGGACUCUCUAGUUUCAUAUAUGGCUCCUCUCUCAGAAAUACACGAAUCGAAAGAUUCUGGAGGAAUCUUCGCUGUAUGUGUGGGCAAACAUGGAUGGAUUUGUUCAAAUCAAUGACAGAGCAUGGUAUACUGGACACAACUGAUGAUGUUCACCUGCAAUGUAUUCGGUAUUGUUUCUUACAGCUGGUAAGCAAGGAUUUGGAAGAUGUAGUGCGUCACUGGAAUGAACAUAGAGUUAGACCAAGCAGGAACGCAGAUGGUCCUUUUGGAAAGCCAGAUGUUCUCUACUACCAACCAGAGGUAUUUGCAACAAAGGAUUUUAAAAUGACUCUACCAGGAAAUGUUGAUGGUAUUGUACAAGAGUACUGCCAUGCUCCAACAGCAAAUGGUGUCUGUGAUGAAUUUCAAGUUCUGGCAGAUCACAUCAUCCAAGAACAUAGAUUGCUCUACCCACCAACCUCAAGGGAUGAAGCACUUGAACUUUUCUGCAAUAUGAUUCUUCAUAUUGAUGAAAUUGAUGAAUUGACAUACAGAUCCUGCCAACAUGUUUAAUUGUCAUAGUUCGCACAGAGAGCCAUUUCAGAAGAAUUAUAUUAUGCAGGGAUGUAUGAGAAAGGGAUGGAAGUGUGCUAGGUUCUGGUAAUGUCAGGGCCUGUAUUCAUGAAACCAUUCUCAUGCUCAAGCAGUGAUUCUGUGCUCAAACAAACAUUCUUUAACAUGCUUAAAUCAUGUGAUACCGUAAAAAAGUAAAGUGCAAAUAUUCUUAACAGUAUUCGGCUUGAAGUCCCUCAAAACUUCUUUCAAAGCAUUGGCAAAAUUAGAUUUUUUUUUUUAUUUAUCACUGGAACAAGAAACAGACUUGAGAACAGAAUCUGAGUUUGAGCAUGAGAAUGGUUUCAUAAUACCAGCCCUGAUCUAUUUACAAUAUGAUUGCCAUCUUAUAUUGAAAAACAUGUUGUUACAAUGAAUCUUCCCAAAUGUUUUGAAAAUAGAUUUAUUGCAUUAUUGUUGUUUACUGAAAGUUAAAUCUGUCCCAAUUUCAAUAUGGCCACCUUUGUGGUCAUCUUGAAAGGGACUAUUACAGGUACUACAGGAGUACUGCACUACACUUGGUUUAAAUGCUGAGAUGGAGACUUGGAGAAAAUACAAGAUGUAUUGGACAUUAUAUAAUUAUCAAAAGUUAGUCCUCCUAAAUUUGAAAUUGGAUCUGUAGGAUGUACUAUUAAAAGAACCUUUUUUAUUGGUGUCUCCAGCACCUGGGUUGGUCUCUCAGUAGAAAUCUCAUUAUGAUUCAUAACUACUAGCUAGAUACACCCUAUUUGGCUUUAAAAGUUUUAGCUCACCUGUUUGAUGGACUAGUGUAAGACUAUAAAUGCCAUGGUGUGGCAUAUGUCCAGCUUAAUUUUUUUCUUUAAACAUUUUCUUCUGAAGAACCAAAAGACCUAGUGUAAUAAUGUAUUGUCAGUAGCUUCCAGUUUAAAGGGCUAUUUAUAUUGUACAAAAAAAAACCUAGACCAACUUUGAAGGUUGCACGUGUAAAAAACAUGUUUAAAUAUUUAAAAAAAAAGAUCCAUAAGGUGUAGAAUAAUGAUAUUUAACCUGUAACAUUUAAUGAUAUCUCUAUUUCAGUUAGAGAUAAAGGAAUAUUGACAUUAUAGGCUCAAUGCACGUUGACUUGACGUCAUGCAAUUUGGUACGACUGGGGAAUCCUCCCGUCUCAACCAUAGGGUGAGAUCUUUUUUCUCAAAUUAAACAUGGUGAUUGAAACACUGUAGUCAAGUACAUGAGAUCUCAAUUGUUUGAGGAUGUGAUCCCAAUUAAUUUAUGACAUCUCAAACAAUUGAGAUCUCUUGUACUUGACUACAGUGUUUCAAUCACCAUGUUUAAUUUGAGAAAAAAGAUCAGCUGGAUUCUGCAAUGGAGACUGUAAUAGAAUAUUUGUAGUUACAGUGACAUUGACCUUAGAUACGUUUUAAACUCCUAUUGCAUAUCUACUUAUCU